GUUUCCUCUUCUUUAUUAUAUUAAUAAUAACUAAAACCCUAGAAGCAGCUAGAGCGGGGACUUCUUUUUCCUCCCCAUCGACGACGUUCGCUCCUCCACCGCCGGAGAGAAGAGAGAAGAGAGAAGAGAGAAGAGAGAAGGGAAGAGACGACGUCGGCUCCGGUGGUACUCGGAGAUCUCUAGACAUCGCCGGAGUUCCUAAGAGAUGGCCCAUUUGGGCGGUGGUGCCGAAGCUCAUGCACGGUUCAAGCAGUAUGAGUACCGUGCCAACUCGAGCCUCGUAUUGACCACGGAUUCACGGCCGCGCGAUACCCACGAGCCGACCGGCGAGCCUGAGUCUUUAUGGGGGAAGAUCGAUCCGAAGAGCUUCGGCGACCGGGCAUACAAGGGCAAGCCUCCCGAGCUCGAGGAGAAGAUCAAGAAGUCUAAGAAGAAGAAGGAGCGCGAGACGGCUCUUGAGACCGAAGGUGCUAGGAAGGACAGCAAGCGGCGGCGCAUUCAAGAGGAGAGUGUUCUCUCGCUAACAGACGAUGCGGUGUACCAGCCGAAGACCAAGGAGACUCGUGCAGCCUACGAGGCACUUCUCAGCGUGAUCCAACAGCAGUUUGGUGGGCAGCCGCAGGAUAUCCUCAGCGGGGCAGCGGAUGAGGUGCUCGCCGUUCUGAAGAACGAUAAGAUCAAGAAUCCCGACAAGAAGAAGGAAAUCGAGAAGCUGUUGAAUCCCAUCUCAAACCAGCUCUUUGAUCAGCUUGUGUCCAUUGGACGGCUCAUCACGGACUAUCAGGACGGAGGUGAUGCUGCAGGUGCAGUCUCUACGGAUGUGAACGACGAGACGUUGGAUGAUGACAUUGGUGUUGCUGUGGAAUUCGAAGAGGAUGAGGAGGAAGAAGAGAGCGACUUUGAUCAGGUGCAAGAGGAGUCCGAGGAGGAGGAGGAUGCUCAGGAAUCCAAUGGUGCUGGGGGUAUGCAGAUGGGUGGGAUAGAUGACGAUGACAUGGAAGAAGCCAAGGAAGGGCUGACCAUAAACGUUCAAGAUAUUGAUGCUUACUGGCUUCAAAGAAAGAUAUCUCAGGCCUACGAGGAGAUCGAUCCGCAACAAAGCCAGAAACUUGCAGAGGAUGUUCUCAAGAUAAUUGCAGAGGGUGAUGACAGGGAUGUGGAGAACCGUCUGGUGAUGCUCUUGGACUACGAUAAGUUUGAUCUUAUCAAGUUGCUCCUCCGUAACCGGCUCAAGAUAGUAUGGUGUACUCGCUUGGCUAGGGCGGAAGAUCAGGAGCAGCGAAAGAAGAUCGAAGAAGAGAUGGUGAAUAUGGGUCCGAGCCUGGCUGCCAUCUUGGAGCAGUUGCAUGCAACAAGAGCUUCCGCAAAGGAGCGACAGAAGAAUUUGGAGAAGAGCAUAAGAGAGGAGGCUAGGCGCUUAAAGGAUGAAAGCGGUGGGACAGAUGGUGAUAGAGAAAGGAGGGUUGUGGACAGAGAUACGGAGAAUGGGUGGUUGAAGGGACAGCGUCAGCUCCUUGAUCUCGACAGCAUGGCAUUCCACCAGGGAGGCCUACUAAUGGCAAACAAGAAGUGUGAGCUCCCUCCAGGCUCUUAUAGAGAUCCCCACAAGGGCUAUGAAGAAGUCUAUGUCCCAGCAUUGAAGCCAAAAGCCUUUGCUCCAGGUGAGGAACUCGUGAAGAUAUCUGAUAUGCCUGAUUGGGCACAGCCGGCUUUUGAAGGGAUGAAGCAGCUCAACAGGGUUCAGAGUAAAGUUUACAAUACUGCCCUUUUCACUCCAGAAAACAUACUCCUCUGUGCACCCACCGGUGCUGGGAAAACUAAUGUCGCUAUGCUCACCAUACUUCAUCAGAUCGGUUUGCAUAUGAAGGAUGGGGUGCCGGACAAUACUAAAUAUAAGAUCGUCUAUGUGGCACCAAUGAAAGCUUUGGUCGCCGAAGUGGUUGGAAAUUUGUCUCAUCGCCUGAAAUCAUACAACAUCGUUGUGAAGGAACUUAGUGGAGACCAGACACUCACCCGCCAGCAGAUUGAGGAAACACAGAUUAUUGUUACUACACCUGAAAAGUGGGAUAUAGUCACCAGGAAAUCCGGGGACAGGACCUAUACACAACUGGUGAAGCUUUUAAUAAUAGAUGAAAUUCAUCUUCUUCAUGAUAAUCGAGGUCCUGUUCUCGAGAGCAUUGUUGCUAGGACUGUUAGACAAAUUGAGGCAACAAAGGAGCAUAUUCGUCUGGUUGGUCUGUCGGCUACUCUCCCAAAUUAUGAGGAUGUAGCUGUGUUUUUGCGCGUCAAUGAUCCCGGUCUGUUCCAUUUUGACAAUAGUUAUAGGCCCUGCCCUCUUGCCCAACAGUAUAUUGGUAUCACGUUGAAGAAGCCUCUACAGAGAUUCCAGUUGAUGAACGAAAUCUGUUAUGAGAAGGUUAUAGCUGCUGCAGGAAAGCAUCAAGUGCUUAUCUUUGUGCACUCGAGGAAGGAAACAGCCAAAACUGCUCGUGCAAUUCGAGACACUGCUCUCACCAACGAUACGUUAGGUCGAUUUCUGAAGGAUGACAGUGCAAGUCGUGAGAUCCUUCACAGCCAAACAGAGUUUGUCAAGAGUAAUGAUCUUAAAGAGCUCUUGCCGUAUGGGUUUGCAAUUCAUCAUGCAGGAAUGGCUAGGGUGGACCGUGACCUCGUUGAGGAGCUUUUCGCUGAUGGACAUGUGCAAGUGUUAGUUUCUACAGCCACCCUUGCAUGGGGUGUAAACCUUCCUGCGCAUACCGUAAUUAUAAAAGGAACACAGAUAUAUAAUCCAGAGAAAGGUGCAUGGACAGAACUAAGCCCACUGGAUGUCAUGCAAAUGCUGGGUCGUGCGGGCAGGCCACAGUAUGAUUCUUAUGGAGAAGGCAUAAUUCUAACGGGACAUAGUGAACUUCAAUACUAUCUGUCCCUUAUGAAUCAGCAGCUCCCGAUUGAGAGCCAGUUUGUGUCCAGGUUAGCGGACCAGUUGAAUGCAGAGAUUGUACUGGGAACUGUUCAGAAUGCUCGGGAGGCAUGUCACUGGCUUGGGUACACUUAUCUCUAUGUCCGCAUGAUUCGGAAUCCAACUUUAUAUGGUUUGCCUGCAGAUGCUGUUGAUAGGGAUAAAGGGUUGGAGGAAAGGAGGGCUGAUUUGAUCCAUUCUGCCGCAAAUAUAUUGGAUAAGUAUAAUUUGAUCAAAUAUGACAGAAAGAGUGGGUACUUUCAAGUAACGGACCUGGGGAGAAUUGCAAGUUAUUACUAUAUUACUCAUGGGACAAUUUCCACAUACAAUGAAUACCUGAAGCCGACAAUGGGUGAUAUUGAGCUUUGCCGGCUCUUCUCUCUCAGCGAGGAAUUUAAGUACGUAACAGUGAGGCAAGAUGAGAAGAUGGAACUGGCAAAGCUUUUGGAUCGUGUGCCAAUUCCUGUCAAAGAAAGCUUGGAAGAGCCUAGUGCAAAGAUCAACGUUCUGCUGCAGGCUUACAUAUCUCGGUUGAAACUUGAGGGCCUCUCUCUUACUUCCGAUAUGGUUUUCAUUAGACAGAGUGCCGGUCGCCUUUUACGGGCACUUUUUGAGAUUGUGCUGAAGAGGGGAUGGGCUCAACUGGCUGAGAAGGCUUUGAAUCUUUGCAAGAUGGUUGAUAAGCGGAUGUGGAGCGUGCAAACUCCACUGCGCCAAUUUGCUGGUAUACCUAAUGAAAUUCUGAUGAAGCUGGAAAAGAAGGAUUUGGCCUGGGAGAGGUACUAUGAUCUUUCUUCUCAAGAGAUUGGCGAGCUCAUUCGUUACCAGAAAAUGGGGAGACAACUCCAUAAAUGCAUACACCAGUUGCCAAAACUAAAUCUCGCUGCACAUGUUCAACCUAUCACUCGUACUGUUUUGGGUUUUGAACUGACUAUAACACCGGAUUUCCAGUGGGAUGAUAAGGUCCAUGGCUAUGUGGAACCUUUUUGGGUUAUAGUUGAGGAUAAUGACGGUGAAUACAUCCUUCACCAUGAGUACUUCAUUCUAAAAAAACAGUACAUAGAUGAGGAUCAUACUCUUAACUUUACUGUUCCCAUCUACGAGCCGCUUCCCCCUCAAUAUUUCAUUCGUGUUGUCUCAGACAGGUGGCUCGGAUCUCAAACUGUUCUACCUGUCUGCUUCAGACACUUGAUUUUGCCAGAGAAAUAUGCGCCGCCAACUGAGUUACUGGAUUUGCAACCUUUGCCGGUGACUGCAUUGAGAAAUCCUUCAUAUGAAGCUCUUUAUGAUACCUUCAAGCAUUUCAAUCCCAUCCAAACCCAAGUAUUUACCGUCUUGUACAACACCGACGACAAUGUGUUGGUUGCUGCUCCGACAGGAAGUGGGAAGACGAUAUGUGCAGAGUUUGCAUUGCUGCGAAAUCAUCAAAAAGGAACUGAGAGUGUUAUGCGGGCUGUGUACAUCGCACCCAUUGAAGCUCUUGCAAAGGAAAGAUACCGCGAGUGGGAAGAGAAAUUUGGGAAGCGCCUGGGUAUUCGUGUUGUGGAGUUGACUGGUGAAACCGCCACUGAUUUGAAGCUCCUGGAAAAAGGACAAAUUAUAAUCAGUACUCCGGAGAAAUGGGAUGCUCUCUCUCGCCGGUGGAAGCAGCGUAAGCAUGUUCAGCAGGUCAGCCUGUUCAUAGUGGACGAGCUUCAUUUAAUUGGGGGAGAGAUGGGCCCUGUCCUGGAGAUAAUUGUCUCUAGGAUGAGGCGUAUAUCGAGUCACAUCGGUAGCAAUAUCCGUAUAGUAGCACUGUCAGCUUCACUUGCUAAUGCCAAAGACCUUGGAGAAUGGAUCGGUGCCACCUCUCAUGGGCUCUUCAACUUCCCGCCAGGUGUGCGUCCUGUGCCUCUGGAAAUACAUAUCCAAGGCGUGGAUAUAUCCAACUUUGAGGCGAGGAUGCAAGCGAUGACGAAGCCGACGUACACUGCUAUCAUGCAGCAUGCGAAGAAUGGCAAGCCUGCCCUUGUAUUUGUACCCACGAGGAAGCAUGCGAGGCUGACCGCGUUGGACUUGUGUACCUAUUCGAGCGCUGAGAGUGGGGAAAGCAAGCAUUCUUUCCUUCUUCGGCCAGAGAAUGAAAUGGAGGCUUUCCUUUCAGGGAUCAAGGAAGAUGCACUCAGAAGGACGCUGCCUCUCGGCGUGGGUUACUUGCAUGAAGGUCUCAGUGAGCUUGACCAGGAGAUUGUGACACAAUUAUUUCUUAGUGGGACUAUUCAAGUGUGCGUUGCAACCGGCUCGAUGUGCUGGGGAAGGGCGCUGCCGGCUCACUUAGUCGUUGUCAUGGGGACCCAGUACUAUGACGGGAGGGAGAAUGCUCAUACCGAUUAUCCGAUAACCGACCUGCUACAAAUGAUGGGCCAUGCCAGCAGGCCUUUAAAGGAUAAUUCUGGAAAGUGCGUUAUCUUGUGCCAUGCUCCUCGCAAGGAGUACUACAAGAAGUUCCUCUACGAAGCCUUCCCUAUUGAGAGUCAUCUGCAUCACUUCUUGCACGACCACAUGAAUGCUGAGAUUGUUGUGGGUGUCGUCGAGAAUAAGCAGGAUGCUGUGGAUUACCUUACCUGGACAUUUAUGUAUCGGAGGCUCACGAAGAAUCCGAACUACUAUAAUCUGCAGGGUGUGAGUCACAGGCAUCUCUCCGACCACCUUUCUGAGCAAGUGGAGAAUGUGCUGAGCGACUUGGAAUCUAGCAAGUGCGUGGCUGUUGAGGAGGAUAUGUACCUUAAGCCCCUGAACCUCGGGUUGAUUGCUUCUUACUAUUACAUCAGUUAUACCACAAUAGAGCGGUUCAGUUCGUCGCUGACCCCGAAAACCAAGAUGAAGGGCCUUCUGGAUAUCCUGUCGUCUGCUUCAGAAUAUGCGAACAUUCCUAUUCGGCCUGGUGAGGAAGAGUUAAUUAGGAAGAUGAUUCACCAUCAGAGAUUCUCUGUUGAAAAUCCCAAAUGCAGCGACCCCCACGUGAAGGCAAAUGCGCUGUUGCAGGCUCACUUCGCGAGGCAUACGGUGGUUGGAAACCUGGCGGCAGACCAGAGGGAAGUGCUUCUUGCCGCUCACAGGUUGCUUCAGGCAAUGGUUGACGUUAUCUCGAGCAAUGGCUGGCUCAAUCUUGCUAUCUCUGCGAUGGAGGUGAGUCAGAUGGUGACGCAGGGAAUGUGGGAGCGUGAUUCCAUGUUACUGCAGCUCCCGCACUUCACAAAGGAGCUAGCCAAGAGAUGCCAAGAGAAUCCAGGCAAGAGUAUUGAGACGGUCUUUGAUCUGGUGGAGAUGGAGGACGACGAGAGGCGCGAGCUGCUGCAGAUGUCGGACUCGCAACUGCUAGACAUCGUCAGGUUCUGCAACCGCUUCCCGAAUAUUGACAUGGCGUACGAAGUGCUCGACGGCGAGGAUGUAGGGCCCGGUGAGAACGUUACCUUGCAGGUGACCUUGGAGCGCGACCUCGAGGGCGGCCGGGCUGAGGUGGGUCCAGUCGAUGCACCGAGGUACCCCAAGCCCAAAGAGGAAGGAUGGUGGCUUGUAGUCGGAGACAGCUCCACCAAUCAGUUGCUCGCUAUCAAAAGGGUCUCGCUUCAGAGGAAGGCAAAAGUCAAGCUUGUCUUUACGGCUCCUGCAGAAGCUGGAAAGAAGACCUACACGAUUUACUUCAUGUGUGAUUCCUAUCUGGGCUGUGACCAGGAGUAUAAUUUUACUGUUGAUGUCAAGGAAGCUGCAACCGAUUGAGGGGUGUGGAAAUAUGUGUGUCGUCUACUUGUUCUUAUUGUCGCUUACCCUGUCCUUGAGGCCUGCGCUCAUUUACUCGGUUUUGUAAUGUACGAUGAGAUAUGAGACCUGUUAUGGUAUUUACAGUAUUUUCUUGAUAGGACCGGCGUAUUCCACUUGUAACGUCGAAUAUAUCUUUGGUUUUCUGCUGUAAAAUUUAUCUAUGAAGUUCGUUCUUUUGGAGUAACAUGCUGAUGUCGUGUGCAUGAUGAACGUGGUCUGAUGCAGCGCAGCCAUUUUAUGGCUUUUGUAAUGGAUAAAUGUUACCCAAAUAUGAUGCUUAAAGAAGUGCAUUCUCUAUUAA